AGCUUUCGUUCCCGCCGAGGGGUCGCCAAGGCGCUAGGCCGCAUUCGGGCGGCACGCGGUCUCGUCUAAGCGAGGGCUUUUUCCGCACACACUUUAGAUCCAACCUGACACUAUAGAUCAAGAUCGAACUUCGAGCUCGUCUUCAACUUCCCUCUCACCACCCGCUCCCCUCGAGACUUCAUCGCCAGUCCGACCUCGACCACCAUGUCUCACGCCGAGCUCGCUGUUUCCUACGCGGCCCUGAUCCUCGCCGACGAUGGCGUUGAGAUCACCGCCGACAAGCUCCAGACCAUCCUGGGUGCCGCCAAGGUCCAGGAAGUUGAGCCCAUCUGGACUCAGCUCUUCGCCAAGGCUCUUGAGGGCAAGGACGUCAAGGACCUCCUGACCAACGUUGGCUCUGGUGGUGCCGCCGCCGCCCCCGUUGCUGGCGGUGCUGUCGCUGCUGAUGCCGCUCCCGCCGCGGCCGCCGCUGAGGAGAAGAAGGAGGAGGAGAAGGAGGAGUCCGACGAGGACAUGGGCUUCGGUCUGUUCGACUAAGCGCAUUCCUAUAUCGUUUCCUUGCUUCUGUUCCAUGUUUCCUCGUUUCUUCUGUAUCGUGCAACGACACCGGUCACCAUGAUGGGACGGAAAAAAUUAUCAAUGGGGGGUUCUCUCUGGACACUGGGCGCAACCCGCGCAGGCUGGUGCGAAGGCUAGGAAAUGGAAAAUACCGGACGGGUGGAUACAAGGUGCUGGGAUUGGGAUGCCGCUGGGAUUUCUGCUCUUCAAUCGCCGCCGCCAUAGGGACAUG